CAAUGAAGACGAUGAUGACGAUGAAUACCAUGAAUACCAAGGACCUUUGGAGAACAACGGAGACUGAGUGAAAGCAUGGCUGGAGCUGUUUGUGAUUGUUUUUGUUCUUGAGGUGUCGUAACGCUUGCAUAAGUCCACUCGUCUGUCACAAGCUUGUAAACAAGUGCAAAGUUUUCUUGGUCCAAAUUAGCAUCAUUUGAAUGAUUUAACCAGCUGAAACUUGAUCGUGUAAUUCAUAUAUGAUUUUCAUCGUAACUUGUUCUUCGCAUUUUUUCUUUGCGUUACUUGCAUUUGAAUAGUAAAAGCAACAAAACCUCGAUGUCCGAGAUUCAAAUCUUAUUCGGUUCACAAAAAUAGUCAAAUAGAAAACGAUCAUGACUGACCACACGCAAAGACCGCUGAAGAUCCCUCAGAAGUACGUCGACUACCUAGACAGACAUCAUGUGCAUCAUCUGAUUGAGCGCAUGUACGAAGAGGUGCUGACUGCGAUGCCCUCCGAUCCGCUCGCCUGUCUCGUCGACUUCCUCAGACGUGAGAAUCGAAAUUCAGAAGUGCCUCGAAUCCUGAUCAAUAGCUACGAUCAGGAUGAGGCUAUGAAUCUGGCCAUGGACCUCAACAUCCAAACGGAUGCCAUGGUUCUCUCGCGUCACGAGACCGUUUACGGCGUCACAGAGAGUCAUGCAGAUCUGAAGGAACGUCUACAAGACUCCGGAGGAAACGUGACGCCGAAGCUUCUUGCAGAGAUCGUAGCGCGGCGGGUGAAACAGGACGACUGCUUGCGGGAUGGCUGGAUCCUGACGGGAGUACCUCAGUGUCGAGAUGAGAUGCUACAGCUUCAGAUGGCCGGCGUGCUGCCGAGCCACGUCGUCUUCAUCUCAGAGGCGGCUGUGAAGAGACCCGAACCGGCCAGGUUUCAGCUACCCCGCGGAGCUGACGCCGAGGCGAAGCAGUUUGCACGACGGGUGCGCGGGAUGCUCGCCGACUGCGGUCCACUAGCGCGCGUCUUCUACCGCGGGGAGGGCCUGCGGAACCAGGUGCUGCAGUUUGUGCACAGCCGCGGCCGCGAGAACGCCCCACUUGUGCUGCGUGUCCUUCUACUGGGCGUCCCCGGCUCGGGAAGGCGCACACAGGCGGCCCGCAUCGCCGCCAAGCACAGUCUCAUCAACGUGCGCUGCGGCGACCUGGUGCGCGCCGCGAUCCGCGCCGGCACCGCCGAGGGACUGGCCAUCACCGACUUCCUGGCCAGCAACAUGACGCCGCCCGAGGAGCUGAUCCUCUCCCUGGUGCGACAGCGCCUCUCCGAGGACGACUGCCGCUCGCAGGGCUGGGUGCUGCACGGGUUCCCUCGCGACAGCGCGCAGGCCGAACACCUCAGCGAGUCAGACGUCUUCCCCAACCGCGUCAUCUACCUCAACGUGCCGGAGAAGGUGGCCGUGGCGCGGCUGACCUCGCGCCGCUACGAGCCCGCCUCUGGCCUGGUGGUGACGCUGACCGAGGACCUCCACCUGCCGGUAGAGGUCAGACAUCGCCUGCGGCGCCACCCGGACGACGAUCCGCGCCGGGUGGGGGUGACAGUGGCGCGGCGCCAGGCCGAGCUGCAGGGAGCGCUGGCGCUGCUGGAGCAGGACGUGCAGGAGGUGGACGGCACCAUGACGCAGCUGGAGAUCGCAGAGGUGGUGGAGAAGAUCACUGUCGAUAAACUGCCCAAAUUCCCAGAGUGAAACAUGCAAGACCAUGAAUCCAUAUAACUUCAAGGAAAUUUUGAUUUGGUCCGUUGUCGAUAAAGUAGAUAAGAGGCGAAAGUGUGUGCCGCUCAUUUAUAGCUAUGAUUUCGUCCAUUUCGAAUGCGUCUCUAGUUGUCUUGGCAGAGCGUUUGUAUCCAAGCAAGCAUUGACCCCAGUCCUCAGUAUUUCAUUGGCAGCUUUCAUCGAACCGGAAUAGUGCAUCUAAAGCAUGUUAAAAAUAUUAGAAUAAUUGCAAUGGAACUACCCAUAAUGAUUGAACUCUAGCUAAAUCGAUGGAUUGGAAAGGCACUUAUUAGAACUGCAAUUUGGUCAACUAGCGCCAUAGCGUAGUAUCUAAGCAAACUUUUUAACUUUCUGUAUGAAUUUAGGUAUGUAGUUUGAUCUGUUUUCGUAUCAGACCGUUCAUACGACAAAUCAACCAGUGCACGCUCCAGAA